AUGGCAACUCGGACGCAUAAGCUUGCUCAACCCAAAGCCAACCUACUCAGUUGUCCAGACCGUCGUUCUGUUUACUGGCUGGAUGAGCUGCCACCUGAGAGGACUGGACCCCACACCAAGAUACACUUAACCCCUCGCUGUCUUUCUCCCAUAUGGGAGGUGAGUGAAUGGGCUCUCAGGGCUGUUCCAUCCAAGCGACUGUGUAGCCUGGCUCAGCCAAGGGCCCCUGCAGCUGGCUGGGAGCCGGAGCGCCCUCUGCUGGUUCCUUUAAACAGAGCGACGCAGACGGCGGUCGCCACUGCUCGGGUUUCCCAGCUCGCCCAGCCAAGGCGACGGCAGGUUCAGCAGAACUCAGGCCACAAAUCAAAACCUGUGUCCAUGACCCACCUGCCCCGCAGAGCGUCGGCACACACAGAGCUGCUUUCCACCCCUAAGCAGGAACACCGCGGGUUCGAGGGGGGGCGUUCGGUGUGCUGGCCCGUCUCCAGAGCGGCAAGAAGCUGCGUAGCCGGCGAGAGACUUCUCGAGCUGUCCAUUCCUAAAGAGAGGAAGGCUUUAUUCGAGGGAUACGACCCAUACAUCGUUAGUCGGGCGGCACGCUCUGCCAGCCCCUCGCCGCGCAUACAGGAACUCUCGUUGCCUCUGCCUCGCAAAUGUAGAUCAAAGUAG